AUGGGCCCAAGUUUCGAUCGCCAGAAGCACGAGGAAGCAAACUUGCAUACGCUCCGAUCCGGCGGCUUGCGCUACGAGAAGAAGCAAGACGAAGCAGGGGUAGGCUCCUCACAUGAGGUUCUGCCUCUGCGCCUGGAGGCUCUCCUCAGGGAGAGAUACCAGGCGAAGGCUCGCCAGAGCAUUGAAUCACAGGGCUUUACCAGGUACGCCUACGAGCCCGGCGACACAGCCCAUGGAGGGGUAGACGCACACAAAGCCCAGCAGGAAGAAGAGCUCAACGAAGUCCUGCGGAAGGCCAGGGCGAAUCCAUGGCACCUCUUCAGCUAUGGUCUCCUGUGUCGUGUCGACAGCCAAGGGAAUUACGAGUGUGCGAAUUGGAUGAUGCAUCCACUGUCUGGCUAUGGCUUGCAUUUCUUCCUGAAAGCGUUUGACAUCGGAAAGCUACAGGACAAUUACCUUGUCGAGUUCAUCCAGCGUCCGGAAGAGGAAGACCCAAGAGACAGGAAGCCCAAGGUCGACGACCCGGACUACGCAGAGAAGCUCGCGGCGUACAAUGUUUUCCUCAAUGCAAAGGAUGUAUACUGCGUGAUCCAGUAUGUCAGGGACGACUUCGCCCUUCUUGUCAGGUGUCGCUUCCGAUGCUUAUGGGUCCGAUGUCUAAGCCUAUAUUCAGAAGAAUGUCGACAACACGGAGGUCAGGCGAAAGUAUCUGGUGGACAUCUGCGGGGGACGGAGAAGGCCUCGGAUAUCAGAGCUUCCACUCUCGAAGUCCAGGAGUCACUCUUGGACAGAGUCAAGGAGUGGGACCAGAGCGGCAAGCCAGCAAGCAGGGAAGAGUUGAUGGAUGCUAUGCUUCAUUACUUCCUGGCGGCUGGUGUGGACGAAGAAGAGAUCGGGGACUUUUCAAUUGAUACAAUGCCGAGAAUACAAGAUCAGCAUCUGAGAAUGGCGUCUGAAUUCCACCUGGACUGGAGGAAGGAUGAGGGAGGUUCACCGGCGGUAGCCUUCCUAUCAGCACUGCUGCUGCCGUUUGGAUCGCUCGUUGCGUUGUGGUCAUUUCUACAUUGUCUACAAGCAGUGUGA